UCAGGGAUUGUAUUGAAGUAAAAAUUGUGUUUAUGUUCUGACAAUUGUGUUCAUUCAAUCAAUCAAUCAUUGUUUUUGUUGUUUUUACUUGAUUGGAGAAGAAGGAAAAGAAUUGUGUUGAUUUGGGCGUUGCUUGGAAAGAGGUGAUUCGGGUGUUUGGUCAUAUAAUGGAUCAAUGGAAGGAUUUUUUUCUGACAGAUGAGGCUCUGGGCACCUUUGUACCUAUUAUUGUCUAUUGGGUAUAUUCUGGCUUUUAUGUUUUGCUGGAUCGUCUUGAUGGCUACAGAUUGCAUACUGUUGAUGAGGAAAAAAUGAAAAAUUUGGUGUCUAGGACUACUGUUGUCAAAGGGGUGUUGUUUCAACAGUCAAUUCAGGCUCUGGUUGCCCUCUUAUUAUUAAGGGUGACAGGAGAUGCAGGUGAAUCUGGUAAAACUUUACAGCCUCCACUUAUGGUACAGGCCAGACAAUUCCUGAUAGCCAUGUUUGUGUUCGAUACAUGGCAGUACUUUCUCCACCGUUAUAUGCACCAUAACAAGCUCCUGUAUCGAACUAUUCAUUCAAGACACCAUAAGCUUAUAGUACCUUGGCCCUUUGGAGCAAUGUACAACCAUCCAUUGGAGGGUUUGCUUCUAGAUACAAUUGGUGGUGCUCUGUCCUAUCUCUUCUCAGGGAUGACACCUAGAACAUCCAUAUUCUUUUUCUCCUUUGCAACAAUUAAGGGUGUAGAUGAUCAUUGUGGUAUCCUGCUGCCUGGAAAUCCAUUUCACAUCUUUUUCCACAACAACACAGCAUAUCAUGACGUUCAUCACCAGCUGCAUGGAGUGAAAUACAACUUUUCCCAGCCCUUCUUCAUAUUUUGGGACAAACUUCUUGGGACUCAUAUGCCUUACACCCUUGUGAAACGAUCAGAUGGUGGAUAUGAAGCUGCAUCAGCCAAAAAGCAAUAAUUUUUAGAACUCUAUUUUUUUCAAGUACAGACAUAUUUGUACACCAUGUUGCCUAGUGAUCUCAGCACAUAUUUGUUUUGUUAAA